CUGGUCGUCCUGGACUUUGGCAUCGACGUGGGUUGCACAUUUUGAUCGAUUAGCCUGGCGCGUCUACGACUCUCCUCGCGCGUCAUGACUGGCGUAGGCUGGAGGCGGACACCGAGAGGUAGCUGCGGGACUUGUCCGGGCAUAGGCUCAGCUGCUAUCUCUCGUCGUUAAGCGAGCUUCUGAGAUUGGCAAAUUUGCACACCUCCUGUCCUGCGGCGAGCGGAUGAGGGUUGACAUGCAUGCACAGCAAGCAGCAGUGCUAGUAGCAGGGUCAGCGUGCGUAUGCUGAGCAUGUUGUUGAGGACAGGAGAUGCAUGGAGAAGGCCUCACUGCCCGUUGUGAAGCAGCGACGAUCAUGACAUGUCGCGAAAAAGCGCGGCGCUGCCUCCUCGGGUCCUCCAUCGAUGCAUAGGCGAUCGACGCUCGCACAGACCACAUGCAAGGAUGGCUGAUCUCAAGACGGCCGACAUACCCAUGGGCGACAUGGAUAGCAAGGCCAAAGCGGAGGCAGGUGCAAGCAGGGACAGUGGCUCCGAGCAGACAGUGACGGGCUCGGCUUCAAAAGUCGCGGCGGCCAUCAAGGCAGGGGAACCUGUUCAGGGGGCAGUCAAAACGAGUCGCUACCGCAGACUGAUACAGAGCGCCGAGAAGAGCCUGCCGCCCUGGCUCACGAGUCAUCUACGAAGUGAACGGGAUUUGAAGACACUCUUCAGAUGUGCCGUCUCGCUAUGGCUUGCAAUGCUCUUCAACCUCGUCUAUGCUACUCAGCGGACAGCUGGACACGCAGCCUUCCUCUUCCUCAUCGUUGCAAUCCUCGUACCGCCUUCAGACCCAGUCUCCCUGACCUUGCGGAAAACCUUCACGUACGGCACAAUGAUUGCUGCGGCAUGGGCAUAUGGCGUCGUGGGCAUAAGAAUCGCCUGGAUCACUCGCAAAGAGUUCAAGUAUAGUCAAGCUGAGUUCACACAACUCCAAGCCGCUCGUUUCGCCCAGCAAGGCUUGUCUGCUGCCGAGAUAACGAACGCAAUUGGCAUGGCCAUCGUCACUGGAGAAUUCGUGGAACUCGGACCGUCGCUCGUCAUGGCCAUCUGGCUCAGCAUCGGCAUGGCUACGCUCAUGUGGGUCAGGGGCAGGAUAGGCCCAUCUCCUGCCCUAUUUGGCGUCAUCCUGUCGAUGAUUUUGAUCAGUAUUGUCUGCACGCUCGCCCAUUUAUACCCUUAUCCGAAUUAUAUCAUUGGCGAAACCUUCUAUCUUCCGUAUAUCUGGCAAAGCGCAGUCAACCUGGCAUGCUCCCUGCUCAUCUUCCCUGAGCAGCUCGGAGCACAAACUGUACGGCGAAUGAGUGCAGCCUUGUCACCUAUAAGAGCCAUCGCAGCAGACCAAACCGCCAUGCUGGCUACAUCUCCGCUCUGCGAGGAGUGGGACAUCUACAAGCGCAACGAAGGUCGCCUAGCUCAAUCUGGUCAGGCGCUCAUGCAACUGAACGCAACUGAGACGUACGUUCGUCGUGAUAUCGCAUGGAUGCGCAUGAGCCAGAGCGAUGUCAGCAAGAUACUGACCCACUUACGCAUCCUCUCUGCACGGGCUUCGAGCUUUCUGUUCUUCCAGUCGAUGAUUAGCAACAGAUUCGAUAGGCAAGCUGGUGCCAGCGCCACGCAGGAUCAGCAGGUAGCUACAGAGGCCAACUUCAUCAUUCGCCUGCCUAGGUCGCACAACCCCACGCCUGGAACGAGCCAAGAAGAUCUUGGGGAUAUGCAGACUGGCGCGAGCACGCCAGACCCCGCAAUGGCGUCUCAAAAGGCGGAUGAACUGCAUCCCUUCAGCCUACAAAGAUCAGCUCGAAGCGGCCACCAGCAUUCACAUCUCAAUCUGCAUCACCUGGUCGGCAGAUCAGGUGCCUCUUCGCCUCGCAGAUCAAGAGAUCGCAAGCCCAGGCACCGUCCUGUCGGCUUGUUCGAGAGCGCGCAAUAUCAUAUGCUUGCAGAGCGCAUCGGCAAUGCAGACGAUGAGCAUGCGGUCAUAGAAGUCGUCGCGCUCUUGCAUAGCUCGUCUGCCGAUUUGCUCCAUGCCACGGUGGACGCAAUGGAUUCGCUGCUCGCUUUACUUCAACGUGCAGGCGAUUCCGGUAUUACCGAUAUCUUCCGCAAUUCAAACCUCGUCUGGGGUCCAGUAAGCGAGCGAUCGUCGGCUCUUGCCAAACUCGAGACAGCGCUUCACGAAUAUCGCACGAUCAAGCGACUCGAGAUCAUUACGCCCUUUGCGCCCCUCUUCGAUCGUCUGCAUCGGCAUGAUGGGCGUGUGAGGCAGCCCUCGCAUCGCGCCCUCUUCUAUUCGAUGCAAUAUCAAUGGGCCUUGAUGCAAUUCGCCGACAAGGUCAGAGCGCUUGUCAGUGAGCUUGUCGAGAUACAGAAGCGAAGGCCGACGAAGCGCCUGUGGGCGCCUGUUGAUUGGCCCUUCUCUGGUCUCUUCUCGAGCGCAGGGGAGACGUAUGCGGACGAGGACCCGGAUAGGGUGCCGGGUCUCGUGGACUAUGGCUAUACAUCUGCUCGCGAUCCGGACGUCAUUCUUGGCGGUCGAUCAAUGAAGCUGGGCAUCUUCUUGCACAAGGCCAGCACUUUCGUCAAGCGAACAGACAUCCUGUUCGCGAUCAAGUCAGCUGUGCUCAUUGGGCUCGUCUCUCUACCUUGUUUUCUGCGCUCAUCGGCAGGCUUCUUCUACCGUGCGCGCGGCAUCUGGGCCGUCUUGAUGGUCGGACUGGCCAGCACCGAGUUCGUCGGACAGACUGUGUUCAAUUUCGUCUACCGAAUCGCUUGCAGCAUCGUUGGCGCGGUGGUCGGCCUCGUGAUAUGGUACAUCGCAGCCGGCAACGGCGAUGGCAACGCUUACGCUCUGGGCGUCGUAUGGGCUAUUGUCGUGCUACCUAUCAUGGCGAUCCGACUGUACUACCCUGCAGUCAUCAACAGCAUAAUCGCUGGAAUCACCGCUAUCCUCGUCGUCGGAUACUCGUGGCAAGAUACGCACUAUCCCUCUGUGGGCCAAGAGACUGGCCACGGCUGGGAAGCCGCCUGGAAACGAUGUGUACUCGUGAUUGUCGGCGUCACGGCAGCUUUCUUGGCAGCUUUUCUCCCGCCACAUACAUCCAACAAGAAGACCCUGCGCAUCGUGCACGCGCGCAGCCUACAAUCAACAGGCGUCCUCUUCUGUCAAAUAAUCAGUUUUGCAAACAUCAAGCAAGGCAAGUCUACGACAGUUCCGAAGUCUAUCGCGAAGAACUGGCUCGCAUUGCGCACCCGUUUGCGCAUGACUGCGAUGCAGCUUCCUUUUGUCAGUUUCGAGUACAAUCUUCGCGGGCGAUGGCCGAAGGAACGAUAUCAGAGAUUGCUCAGUUUGCAGCUAGAGAUGGUCGACAUUCUGUCCCAACUGGCCAGCGUCAUCGCUGAGCUCGACACAGAGUGGACGCGGGCAUUACUAGCACGGACGCGUCUGGGCGAUCCUGAGUUCAUUGGCGAGCUCGAAUCGGCACUUCACAUGGCUCAUGUCGCUCUCCGAUACGCGACACCCCUGCCGCGGUACUGGACGCCGUUAGCAACUCGUCUGUUAGACCAUCAGUAUGGCUACAAGCUCGUGCUCGACGACGAUACGGAAUCGCGUCUCCCUCACACAAUCAACUUGGAUGUCGUGUACAGUGAGGAUUAUCUCAAGUUCUGCACAGCGACGACCCUCGCUUGGAACUUUGUCAAUCGUGUCGAUCGUAUGGUCUACACCGUCAAAGAGCUCGUAGGCGAAGAUUUUGCUCUGCAUCUGCGCGGCGAUGGUUUCACCUCCAAAGAGCACUUACUGCAUGCGGAAUCUAUCGACGAUCAAGAGCCUCCUUCAUCAUCAGGUGUAAUAUGAUGUUGCCACCAUGUAUGCAUGCCACACCAGUGUAAUACUCCAGA